GCGUUUCCGUGACGUCACAGACAGGCGUCCAGGAGGAGCAGAAGUGGUGUGAGAAAGGUGAGCAGUGAAUGAACUCCAUUCUGCCUAGACAUGCGCCUUGUUUCCUCUCGCUGUCUCCUCGGUGAGUUCGGCAAGCUCCUCGUGUCCUCUUUCACACUCGUCUUUUAGCGCCGAGGAGAACAUCUCACACACUUCCAGGAUGUCUCCGAGGCUGGGGAAACUCUUCUCCAACAGCAGGAUCGUGGCAGGACUGCUGGUCAACCUCUUCUCCUCCAUAUGCAUCGUCUUCCUAAAUAAAUGGAUCUACGUGCAUUACGGCUUCCCCAACAUGACCCUGACCCUAGUGCACUUCGUGGUCACGUGGCUCGGGCUGUUCGCGUGCCAGAGGAUGGACAUUUUCGCUCCGAAGAGUCUGCGAGCUUCCAGCAUCCUGCUGCUGGCGCUGAGCUUCUGCGGCUUCGUGGCUUUCACCAACCUGUCUCUGCAGAACAACACCAUCGGGACGUACCAGCUGGCCAAAGCCAUGACCACUCCGGUCAUCAUCCUCAUCCAGACCACCUACUACAGGAAGAGCUUCUCCACCAGGAUUAAACUCACUCUGGUGCCGAUCACGUUAGGGGUGAUCCUGAACUCCUACUACGAUGUGAAGUUUAACUUGUUGGGGAUCGUCUUUGCCACGCUGGGAGUCCUGGUCACCUCUCUGUACCAAGUGUGGGUCGGAGCGAAGCAGCACGAGCUGCAGGUGAACUCGAUGCAGUUGUUGUAUUACCAGGCCCCCAUGUCCUCCGCUUUCCUCCUCAUACUCGUCCCCUUCUUCGAGCCCCUCACCGGAGAGGGGGGCAUCUUCGGCCCCUGGUCUCUACAGGCACUGGCGAUGGUGUUUCUGUCCGGAAUCAUCGCCUUCCUGGUGAAUUUGUCCAUCUACUGGAUCAUCGGGAACACGUCUCCGGUCACCUACAACAUGUUUGGUCACUUUAAGUUCUGCAUCACGCUGCUCGGAGGUUACGUUCUGUUCCACGAGCCGCUGUCCGUCCACCAGGGCCUGGGCAUCGCCUGCACACUGGGCGGCAUCCUGACCUACACACACUUCAAACUGAGCGAGCAGGAGGAGGGGAAGAGCCGUCUCGCUCAGAGACCCUGA